UAGUGUGGGGACCUGUAACUUCUGUGGGCUGUGUCAUCAUCACCAUUAUCAUCAUCCUCUUCUGUAACCAGUUAUUUGCCGUGCCAGCCAGGGCUCCUAUGGAUCACAUACUGCACUGAUAGGACAUUGUACAGCUUGUUUCUACCAAAGGGUGCAUGGUGCCUGGAUCAACCCAGCCGGACAGAUCGUGAGAGCAGACUCAGCCAGCUAGAGGAUGCAGCUUGGAGAGCAGAUUCUCACCAGCUCUGCCCCUAACCUGCCCCACACCUUCUACCCUCUGCCCGGGGACCCAAACAGCGCCGCCCAGAGCCCGGGCUUGGACUUCAGCGUGGGUCAGCACAAAGGCCAGCAACAGCAGCAGCAGCAAAAGAAGUACCCCAGGGGCCUGCACCUAGACAGCCCCCGGGACGCAGGCAGCACCAGCGCCGCCGCUAACACCAUGCUCAGCGAGGCCAGCGAGGGCUUCCCAGCCGCCAAGCCCUUAGUGGACAGCGCCAGGAAAGGCUCCCCGGUCGGAGAGGAGGAUCUGGGAUCCGCGCCACCCACCUCGGCUCCUCGUUAUCUGGAGAACACCCUACAGGCAGCGUCUGAGCGCUACUACCUACAGUCCCAGGGGCAGCAGCCCCAGCAGACCGGGGGAGCAGAGCUGGCCUCUCCCUGCUCCAUCUUCCCCUAUGCCCCGCCGCAGCACAGCGCCAUGUACCCGGCAGGGGGGGCAUCCAGGUACGGGGGGUAUAGCAGCAUGCUUCCUCCGGCCGGCUUCUCCCCUCCAGUCUGCCCCUCCCGUCCUCAGUACUCCACCGGCUACCAGUACAGCCAGGCCCCCGCCAGCAUGUACAGUCCCUACCCGGCUGCGGGCACUGGCAGUGGGCUGAGUGCGCUGGGGCUCCCCGGCGGUGGGACCGGUGUGCGGGCACAGGUAUACCUCUGUAAUCGCCCCCUGUGGCUGAAGUUCCACCGGCAUCAGACGGAGAUGAUUAUUACCAAGCAGGGCAGGAGGAUGUUUCCAUUCCUGAGUUUCAACAUCACUGGAUUAAAUCCGACAGCCCAUUAUAACGUGUUUGUAGAGGUGGUUCUGGCAGACCCCAAUCACUGGCGAUUUCAAGGGGGCAAGUGGGUGACUUGUGGUAAAGCCGACAACAAUAUGCAAGGAAACAAGGUCUAUGUGCACCCCGAGUCCCCAAAUACAGGGGCUCACUGGAUGCGACAGGAGAUUUCGUUUGGGAAACUGAAACUGACAAACAACAAAGGGGCUAAUAAUAACAACACUCAGAUGAUAGUUCUGCAGUCUCUGCACAAGUAUCAGCCCCGUCUCCAUAUUGUAGAAGUGAGUGAAGAUGGAGUAGAAGACCUGAAUGACUCUGCGAAGACUCAGACCUUCACCUUCCCUGAAACCCAGUUCAUUGCUGUAACAGCAUACCAGAAUACAGAUAUAACUCAACUGAAAAUUGAUCACAACCCGUUUGCAAAAGGCUUUAGAGACAACUAUGACUCCAUGUACACGGCCUCAGAAAGUGACCGAUUAACUCCAUCUCCUGCGGAUUCUCCUAGAUCCCACCAGAUAGUGCCUGGGGCCCGGUACAGCGUCCAGCCCUUCUUCCAGGAGCAAUAUGUCAACAACCUGCCACCCACCAGGUACUACAGCGGUGAGAGGACUGUGCCCCAGACCAGUGGCCUCCUGUCGCCCCAGGCCAAUGAAGAAGUGGUCACAGCUCCUCCCCAAAGGUGGUUUGUGACCCCUGUCCAACAAGCUGCCGCCAACAAGCUGGACAUGGGUCCAUAUGACACAGACUACACUUCCAGCUCUCUUCUCACCUAUGGCAUAAAGUCCUUGCCCAUCCAAACCUCACACCCCAUGGCAUACUACCCAGAUGCAGCCUUUGCUUCUAUGACAGGCUGGGGCAGCAGAGGUUCUCCUUAUCAGAGGAAAAUGGCAACAGGUCUACCUUGGUCCUCAAGGUCAAGUCCGUCAGGCUUCUCUGAAGAUCUCCUCCCUAAGGACAAAGUGAAGGAAGAAAUAAGUUCGUCUUGGGUGGAAACACCUCCUUCUUUAAAGUCUCUAGACUCAAACGAUUCUGGAGUGUACACGGGAGCCUGUAAGAGAAGGCGUCUCUCCCCUAGCACUUCCAGCAAUGAAAACUCCCCCCCUAUAAAAUGUGAGGACAUUGCAAGUGAAGACUACAAAGAUGCUUCCAAAAGCUUAGGCUACUAUUCCUUUUAUUCUAGUUCUUAAAAUAAUUAUUCUCCAUAUCAAUAGAUGUAUGGCUUGUAAGUUACCAUGUCGAUCACAGGGUGGAUCUUAGCAUUAAAUGCCAAAAAAGUGUGGCUUUGCCUUUCAUCUGGAGAACAAAAGAACAACAAACAACUGGUGUACUGUUCUCUAGGCUGAUAGGGCCAAAGGUCUAACUGCUGCCAGUCCGAACUUGUCACAUCCUGAAUUCUAAACUUGACAGUAUUUUAAUUUAAAGUGGAUAAAAUCUGCUUGAUUUGUCUUUUUUUUUCCUUUUCUUAUGUGAUAUAUUUAUGAAGGAAAAUCAAUGUAAAUAUUGUGUAAAUAUACUGUUGCAUAUUGUGGAGUAUAAUAUAUUGUAUGCAGUUACUGUAUGUGUCUUUAUUUUUAUUGCUUUUCAAGACUUUACAUGCACUGUUCUGUUGUACAAUGUGUAAUGGGUAGUACACGAAAACAAAUCUAUAGACAAAGACUCAGAGUGCAUUUUCUAUGAAGUCUUUGAAAAGAAUAUAUUUAAAAAGAAGCGACACAAAAAUUAAAAAUUGUCUAUUGUGACAAAUAUUGUAAAAAAUGUAAAGUUCAUUAUUGAUCCGGAUGAUAUUGUGA